AUGAAAUCGAGGGCAGGGAUGGAAGCCCUCAUCAACGACCAUCAAAGCCAAAACCUGGACCUACUUCUGAUUCAGGAACCGCCAAAGACAGCAUACCACACCCAUGUUAACCACAGUGCUUGGCGACUCUACCGACCGACACACCCGGAAAUACCGCGGUUCCGCAGCCUCCUCUAUGUCAACCGGAGGAUCUCCACAUCAUCACACCGCCAGAUCCACUGCAAUCACCCAGACGUGGUAGGCAUCAAAAUCUGGACUUCAGAACUACAGUACCUGGUAUUCUCAAUCUACAUCCCGCCAAUAGCGAUGCAUGAGCCGUUCGAAGCCAGCAGCGCCCAGGAGAUACUGGAGGAAAUCCAGAAAAUUAUCCAAGAACAUACAGAGCAGAAUAGCCGUACGACAAAACUUAUCUUAGCAGGCGACUUUAACCGUCACCACCCUGCAUGGAGCCAUCGCGCGGUCCAUCACCGCUUCGCACAACAUGCGGAGGAACUGAUCAACUUCUUUCAAGCCCACGAGCUACAGUGGUGCCUGGCUAAAGGCGACAUAACAUACUGGUCCCUUAAUCAACCGGGAAAGACAUCAGUUCUCGACCUCACGCUUACCAACGAUGUAACACGCUUGAUCAAAUGCCAACUCUACCACGACCACUAUGGGUCAGACCACCGAGGAACAUAUUCGGAAUGGAAUCUCCAGGCAGAGCAAACUAGAAAGCCCAAACCGAAAAGGGCGUAUGACCGAGCUGACUGGGCCCGAGUAGCUCAAGAUAUACUAAGACAGAUCGACCCACCUGUGAAUAUUCAGUCGGCCCAGGAUCUAGACUACGCGGUCAACAACCUAAUCCAGACCACAGUAGCUGCCCUAGACCGACAUGUGCCGGUGCAGGCCCCGUGCCCAUACUCGAAGCGCUGGUUCACUACGGAUCUCAAGGCCCAGCAGAUUGAGGUUAACCAGAUCCGGCGACGGUGGCAAAACAGAUGCGCCCUGCUAGGGCCUAACCACCCAAUGACGAAGAUACUUUUCGAAGAAAUGCGGCAGAAAAGACGAGAGUGGACCAGAGCAAUUGAGAAAGCAAAAGGUAGACACUGGAAGGAAUUUCUUGACAAAGCCGGCGAAGGCCAUCUGUGGAAAGCAGCUACUUACACGCGGCCCCGGGAUACCUACAUGAGCAUCCCCACCCUCAGAGUAGGCACUGAAGAGGUGACAGAUAACCAAGGGAAAGCAGAGGCAUUCCUGCAAGCCUUCUUCCCCAUGAUGGCUGAACCCGAGCCAGAGGAACUGGUGAACCCCGCGGAGGAGCUACCAUGGGAACCGAUUACUGAACAAGAGAUCUACCGGUCGCUCAGAGUGGCCAAGGGGACUACAGCCCCUGGUAGAGAUGGGAUCCCCACGCUUGUCUGGAAACACUUGUGGACCUACCUUAAAGAUAUUAUCACCAUGAUCUUCACGAAAUCAGUGGACCUGGGCCAUCACCCCAGACAAUGGAGGCAGGCGCGGAUUGUCGUGCUGCGGAAACCAGGCAAACCCGAUUAUUCAGCCCCGGGGGCAUACCGACCGAUCUCACUGCUCAAUACCCUAGGGAAGGUCCUGGAGGCAGUCAUGGCGCGCAGGCUGUCGUACUGGGCAGAGAAACAUGGACUUCUUCCAGAUACACAGUAUGGAGGCAGGCCAGGACGGAGUACAGAGCAAGCCCUGCUUGUCCUUGCCAAUGCGAUAGACCGAGCAUGGGCACAGUCCAGAAUAGUCACACUUAUUGCGUUUGACCUGAAAGGCGCGUUCAACGGAGUGUACCAGUCUAGCCUGGACGUUCAACUACGGGCCAAAGGCAUUCCGUCAAAGGCCCGACAAUGGAUCAGCAGCUUCAUGGAGGACCGACAAGCUAGUAUCACAUUCGAUGACUUUGAAACAGACGACCUUCCCCUAGGAAAUGCAGGCCUGGCCCAAGGAUCCCCACUCUCGCCAAUCCUCUUUGGAUUCUAUAAUUCAGAUCUAGUUAAUCAACCGGUCAACAGUAAUGGUGGAGCAUCAGCCUUCAUCGAUGACUACUUCCGCUGGCGGAUCAGCUCGUCAGCGGAAGAGAAUAUCAAGAAAAUCCAAGAAGAGGACAUUCCGCGGAUUGAACAAUGGGCGCGUCAAACAGGCGCGUCAUUUGCCGCUGAAAAAACCGAGCUGAUUCACUUGACCCGACGCAAAACGGCACACAGAAUCGGACAGAUCCGGAUGAACGGCCAGGUUAUUCAACCAGCCGACACUGCCAAGCUUCUAGGAGUCAUCUUUGACAAGGAGCUGCGGUGGAAAGAGCACGUACAGAGAGCAGUUCAACGAGCAAGCAAGGUAAACAUAGCCCUGAGUGGGCUACGGCACCUUCGGCCGGAACAGAUGCGCCAGCUCUACCAGGCCUGCGUGCUACCAGUGCUGGAUUACGCAUCCACAGUCUGGCAUAAACCACUCCGAGACAAGAUCCAUCUGAGGCUUCUUGAGACAGUUCAACGGACCGCCCUCAUCCGGAUCCUGUCGGCCUUCCGGACAGUAUCCACGGCAGCUCUCGAAGUCGAAGCCCACAUGCUGCCUACCCACCUGCGACUCAAGCAACGGGCACAGAUAGUGAUAGCCCGCUUCAGCACCUUACCGGAAGACCACCCAGUCCAUGAUGUCAUCAGCCGGGCAAGAGUACGCAGCACCCAGGUCGGCAAUAGGGCGCGCUUUCCCCUGGCAGAAACCCUACGAACAAUGAACCUCACGCGGCUGCAAGCCCUGGAAAGAAUUGACCCCAGACCACUAGCACCUUGGCGAGCCCAAUCUUUCACCGAUAUUGAAAUUGAGCCGGAUCGGGAGAAAGCACAGACCAAUGCUCUAGCAAGAGCGGCCACACCCAACAUUACAGUCUUUUCGGAUGCCUCGGGCAAAGAGAAUCAGCUAGGAGCCGCGGCGGUGGCUCUCGACCACAACCAGCGGAUCGUAGGGUCUCGACAAGUCAGCAUUGGUUCGAUGGAGUUCUGGUCCGUCUACGCAGCUGAGCUAAUGGCGAUCUACUACGCGAUCGGGCUGGUUUUUCAGCUCGCGCAGAAGAACCAGAGAUCCAGAGCAACAGACGCAGAACCAGCGACAAUCCUUAGUGACAGCAUGUCGGCCCUGCAGGUUAUCAAAAACUCCUGGAACAAAUCAGGCCAGCGUAUCAUUCAGGCGAUUCACCAGUCGGCCGGGGAGCUCAGGGCGCGAGGGAUCCCACUGCGACUACAAUGGGUUCCGGGUCACUGCGGCAACCCUGGAAACGAAGCAGCAGACCGCCUAGCCAAAGCCACGGUAGGGGGUGAAAAGAGACACCCCUUUAGACAUCUUCUGUCACGAGAGAAAAGGUACAUCCGCAGGAAUAUUAGCGACGAAUGGCACCAAGAAUGGAGGGCCUCUCGAAACGGAGGACAUCUCCGCCGCAUUGAUCGGGCCCUACCGGCCAACCGGACCCGCCGGCUCUACGGCUCGCUCCCCCGAAACCGAGCCUACUUACUCACCCAACUCCGGACCGGCCACUCAUGGCUGGCGACACACGGAAAACAGCGCGGGCUCCGAGACGAUGAGAAAUGUGAAUGUGGGGCAACGGAAACCGUGGUCCACGUGUUAAUCGAUUGCCCGCGGCUUAGUGGGCUACGCCAAGCCCUCCGACGGAAGAUUGGAGGGGCAUUCAACAAUAUUUCAGAUAUGCUGGGAGGAGCAGGACAAGGUAGGGAGGGUAGGUUCCAAGAUGGUCCGCAAGACAGUAGCGUCCUCGGGGCGGUCCUGGACUUUGCGGAGGCAUCGCAGAGAUUCCGAAGUCGCGCGCCACGAGGGCGGCAAAACACAACCCCAGGCACUGGCCACCACAGGCCUUGA